UGUCCCUAGCUCUCACUCACUCACUCACUCGCUCCCCCUCUCUCUCCCUCUCUACUUCCCAUCUCUUCCUUAAUCCUAUUUGCCAUUGUACGUGCCCAAUCGCCGUAUACUUUCCGCGUUUAACUUGGAUGACAUUUUUAUUUCAUCAUUAGCAUCCGGCGCCAGCUUGACGCAGCGAGCAGAGCUCCAUUUCAAUCGAGGAUCUCUUUCAAGAUUUGCAAGAUGCACGAUUAAUCUUACCUUUGUUUUUCUAGUAUUUUUCUUAAUUUGAACGCUAUUGCUGACUGCUUGUUCGCCGGCAGAGCACCGACUUUUGAAAUCCCACAACCAACAUUGGAGGACCUUCGCCGAAAUACGAUUGCCUUGCUGCCACAGCCUGCACAGGAAGUUUUAACCCGUUUAUUUUGUGGUCGAAGGCGUUAGAUACAAACAUACGCCGUCAUGCCUGAGACGACGCCAGAGACGUGUGCGCCGGCCAAAGACUCCCCGUUUUUCAUCAAAAACCUGCUGAACUGUGACAGCAAGCCAUCCAAACCAAGACCCAUGUUCGCACCAGCGAAAGUCGGACUGGAAGGCGGUUUUUCACUGUCGCAAGUCGGGGACCUUCACUUUCCACGCUUCGAUUUCCCCACACAGAGGUUUGCGCUACCUGCAUAUCUCGAACGUGCAUCGGCUUGGUGGUACCCGUACACGAUUAGUCCCUCCUCGCACCUCCACAGAGCCACAGAAGAAAAAGCCAGUGUCAGAGAUUCCUCUCCAACUUCUGCCGGCACCGAUCGCGACUCUCCAGACCUGGUGCUCAAGGCCGAGCCAGACGUCAAAGAUGAGGAAGACGACAAUAAAAGCGCGGACGAGAUAGUGCUGGAGGAAAGCGACACCGACGACACGAAGAAGGAGGGUGGUGUAGACGAGUGGAAGAGAAGCGAGGACGGCAGCGACAAGAAGCCCUGUCGGAAGAAGAAGACGCGGACUGUGUUUUCUCGGAGUCAGGUAUUCCAGCUUGAGUCCACCUUCGACAUGAAGCGCUACCUGAGCAGCUCGGAGAGGGCCGGCCUGGCCGCCUCUCUGCACCUCACAGAGACACAGGUGAAGAUCUGGUUCCAGAACCGGAGAAACAAGUGGAAGAGACAGUUGGCCGCCGAGCUGGAGGCGGCCAAUCUGAGCCAUGCGGCGGCUCAAAGGAUUGUGCGAGUACCCAUUCUCUACCACGAGAGCUCGAUCUCAGAGAAUGGAGGCGCCCCGGGCUCUGUCCCUGUCAGCCAACCGCUCCUAACGUUUCCUCACCCUGUAUAUUAUUCACACCCAGUCGUUACAUCCAUGCUUAGACCGGUUUGAAGUCUAUUUCAUUUGAAUUCUUACAUUUUUUGAAAAUGUCAUGACAUAAUAAGAAGGCAGUACGCCAUACGAUAACCAUAACAGCAACCUAUUUUUGCAAUCCAGACAAAAUAAGCAUGAAAGAGGGGAUUUCCAAGAGUGAGAAAUGUAUUUUAAGUUAAACAUAAACCAUUAUUGUUAUUAUUAUUAUUAAUAUUAUUAUUAAUAAUACUAUUAUUAUUAAAUGAAACAGUUGUCUAUU